CAAGGAUGAAAGAGCAGAAAUGGCCUAUUGCACUAAGCCUGUGUACAGUGGGAGGGAGAAAGUCCUUCUGCAAUGUAACUUCAAUGGCUAGCAGAGUGUUACAGUACUGUGCAGAAUUGUCUUCUUCUCUUGAAUCAGGUGUAAAUUGUGCAGGGCAUUAUUCUGAGUCACUGAUUCAUUUGACAGGUUCUUGCACCAAAGGAAUACUGGGCAGUGCUGUUUCUUCAUCCUUAGAGAGCAUCAAACAUCACAUUUCAAUUUGGUCUUAUCUGGAUGUUCAGACCGUCAAUAGUAUCAUAGUUCACGUUGGUCCCAGUUUAGCCUGCUGUAUGUUUCUACUCAUCAAACUUGAUGGAUAAGAAAACACGAAAGAAAUCAAGCUGGAGUGUGUAAGGAUGUGAUCUUUUC